UUGGCGUCGUCGCGCGCGAGGAACCACAUUUCUGAUACCUGGCUAAGUCAGUUACUCGCUAGAAGCAACGAAGACGCAAAACUUUUUCCAAACAUUAAAAUGCCGAAGUUGUUUCUGCAUUGAAAAUAAAAGCUUUCAAGAGAAAAAUAAUUCGUGUGUGUUGUGUAGUGUGUACACCAAACCGAAAUAGAAAUGGCUAAGCACGGCUUAGCGGGAUUUUUCACGCCUGGAUGUAUACUAAUUCUAAUUCUCAUUAAUCUGUGGAUAAUACCUCCAGUUUUGACUUCGGAUUACUUCGAAUCGAUCGAUAACAAAACAGUUUGUUUUGGGACCGCAGUGGGUCUCAGCGUGAGCGGUGACGCCCAACACAGAUACAACCAGCUGGUCAAGAAGUACAAGAACUGCCAGAUCGUCUUGAACAACUUGGAGAUCGUUGGCAUCGAUGACAUCUCCGGCGAAUGGAACAUGGAUUUUUUGUCUGACAUAGAGGAGGUCGAAGGUUAUGUGCUUUUGGCUUUGAACUACGUGGAGUACAUUCCUCUGACCAAACUCAAGGUCAUCAGAGGUCAUACGCUCUACUCCUUACCUGAUGAUCCCCUGCAAUACAGUCUGUUUGUGUCCAUGAACUAUGACCUGCACACUGGCAUUGGGCUUAAGGAGCUGCGCUUUAAGGAGCUGACAGAAAUCUUAAAUGGGAUGAUCUAUAUAGACAACAACCACAAUCUUUGCUUUGAGAACACAAUUGCCUGGCACGACAUCAUCCCAGCCAUGGGCAUCGCAGCAACAAAGAUCAUGAACAACAGCAGCAGAAACAGCUCACGGAUAUGUGGUCAAUGUCAUUCUAGUUGUAAUGGAUCCUGCUGGGGUUCUGGAUCAGACAUGUGCCAAAAAUUGACUUCAAUCAACUGCCAUCCAAACUGUGGCUCUCAAAGUCGAUGUUUUGGCCCAAACCCAAAUCAGUGCUGCUCUCCUGAAUGUGCUGCUGGCUGUUUUGGUCCUCGCAAAGAUCAGUGCUUUUCUUGUCGCAACUUUAAGGACAACCAAACCUGUGAGAGUUCUUGUACUAAAACAACACAGAUCUAUGAUAAAACUGAGCUGAGGAUAAAAACUACAAGUCAACAAAAGGUCACCUUUGGUAUUUUUUGUCGGGACAAAUGUCCAGACCAUUUGCUAAAAGAAGAAAACUUUUGUGUUAAAGAAUGUUCAAAUGGGAAAUAUACAAAAGACAAUAAAAAUUGUGAACAGUGUAUUGGACCAUGUCCAAGAGUUUGUAAAAUUGACCAUGAAAAAAAUAUCCAACCAAUAAAUAUAGUCACGUUAAUGACCCUAAAAAACUGCACAGUAAUAGAUGGCAAUCUCAUAAUACAGGAUGCAUCAUUUAAUUUGGACCAACACUACAACAUCUCUGGUAUCCACCCCCACAAUCUGACGAUACUAAAAGAUGUGAAAGAAAUCACUGGCUAUGUCAUGAUUCAAUCCAAUCACUCAGAGUUUACAAAUCUCAGUUUUCUGUCAAACCUCAAGACCAUUUAUGGAAGACAAACAUCAGGUGCACACAAAUUAGCCUUGUCUAUAAUUCUGACUCCUCUGAAGUCCUUGGAGUUAAACUCUUUGAAGAGUAUUAUCAAUGGGAAUGUUCAUAUCUUUGGUAACCGUCACUUGUGUUAUGCAAAUACAGUGGACUGGUCAUCCAUUGUGAAUUCUAUAAAGCAGGUUACUGAUGUGAGAAAUAACAGAGAUCCUAAUCAGUGUGCGAACGAUGAAGAGGUUUGUGAUAGUCAGUGCGGGGUGUCUGGCUGCUGGGGCAAAGGCCCAUCGAAGUGUGUCAGAUGUGCCAACUUUGUUUACAGCAAUGCCACCACCACCUUAUGUCUUGAAAACUGUGAUGCCAUCCCACACCUCUACCACAAGGGCAAUGAAGUCUGUGAACAAUGCCAUGCGGAAUGUGAAGGUUCUUGUAUAGGACCGACCAACAGAGACUGUCACAAGUGUGCCCAUGUUGCCAUGUUAAACUCUGAUGGGCAAAUCAGCUGUGAACCAAGCUGUGGUGAAUCCAUGUAUCCUAAUGAAACUAAAUACUGUUUACCCUGUCAUCCAUUUUGCAAAGGGUGUACAGGGCCUGAAGAAGUUGUCAAGUCAGGCGGAUGUACUUCUUGUGUAAUGGGCCAAAAGGAAUCUCCAACUGAUCCUGUAUAUUGCAUAAACCCUGAAGUAACUAUUUGUGAUGCAGGAUAUUUUCAAACUUAUUCUAAUAUCCGCUCAAACAGCUCAAACAGGCUAACACAGACAACCUUAACUUACUGUGAAAGAUGCCAUCAUUUGUGUGAGAAUUGCACCCUUGCUGGUCCUGCUCACUGUGACAGUUGCAAGUUUGCCAGGCAUGAGAAUGUCUGUGAGUCCAACUGCCCUUCCUUGUACUACAUGGAUUCCAAAACCAAAGACUGUUUCAAGUGUCAUGAGGACUGCCGCGGCCGUUGCUUUGGGCCUUCAAGCUCUGAUUGUGCUGCCUGUGCCAACUUCAAAGUUUAUUUCAACUCAAAUGGUACUAAGUUUAACUGUACAAAAGAAUGCCCGCCUGAACUACCUUACAAGGUGAAGGAUUCAGACAUGGAUGAGAACAACAGGAUAGUAUGUGCAGACACUUCACACCCUGAAGUCCAGCAACUGCUGGACAACUCUGCAGAGGAAGAAAAGAAAUUGGCUAUCAUCCUGGGUUGCACUAUACCUGGUUCACUGCUGUUGCUGGGCUUCAUAAUAGGGGUCAGCUAUUUCUGCCACAAACGAGCACAGAACAAUAUGAAAGCUGCAGAGUUUACUGCUAAAAUAACUGGGCAUGAGGACAUUGAGCCACUGACACCUACAAAUACCAAACCUGAUUUGUCCAAAAUGAGAAUAAUCAAUGAAGAGGAACUCCGUAAAGGUGCCAUCAUUGGAUCUGGUGCUUUUGGUACAGUUUACAAAGGUAUUUGGAUUCCUCAAGGAGAAAAUGUUAAAAUUCCAGUGGCUAUUAAAAUCCUUCAAGAGGGUACGUCACCCAAUCAAUCCAUCGAACUGCUGGAGGAGGCUCGUGUUAUGUGUAGUGUUGAGCACAUGUGCUGUGUUCGCAUUUUAGCUGUGUGCCUGAAUUACCAGAUGAUGCUGAUUACCCAGCUGAUGCCCCACGGAAACUUGUUGAACUAUAUUAGAACCAAUGCUCAACAUAUUGGGUCCAAAUCUCUUCUUACUUGGUGUACACAGAUAGCCAGGGGGAUGGCCUACUUAGAAGAAAGAGGGAUUGUCCAUAGAGAUCUGGCAGCACGUAAUGUGCUGGUUCAGACCCAACAUCAGGUGAAGAUUACUGACUUUGGUCUGGCUAAACUACUCAACAAUGAUAAUGAAGUAUAUCAAUCAUCAGGAGGUCUGAUGCCUAUAAAGUGGCUUGCCCUGGAGUGUAUUAACCAUAGAAUAUUCACACAUAAAAGUGAUGUUUGGAGCUUUGGUGUAACUCUGUGGGAGCUCUUUACUCUUGGCAAAAAACCUUAUGAAAGUGUCAGAACUAAAGAUGUCCCACUACUGCUUGAGAAAGGGGAGAGGCUUCAACAGCCCUCUAUGUGUACUAUUGAUGUCUAUAUGAUCAUGGUCAAAUGCUGGAUGUUAGAAGCAGAAUCAAGGCCAACAUUUAAAGAACUUGUAGAAGAAUUUGCCAAAAUGUCCAGAGAUCCUGGACGUUAUUUAGUUAUUGAGGGAGAUGAGUUGAUGCGACUCCCCAGUGUUUCCUAUGACAAGAAUGAUCUGGUCACUGGAAUGACAGAAGAUGCUGAAAAUGUUGUGGAAGCAGAAGAAUACUUACAGCCCAUAGACCCUCGUCGCCUACAUCGUCCAAUAUCUUUGGCUAGACAGCAUAGUAAUAUGUCCAGUGCAUCUCAUCAUUUUACUGUCGAACCUACCAGUCCAGGUGCUAAAUCUCUUAAAUCCCACUGGGAUAAUCAGAAAAUUAGAGAGAAGAAAUAUGGCCAUCUCAAUGCCGCAGCAAAGGCAAAGCAGGAGAGAGAAUUACCUCAUUUUAGGGGGGACAGUGUAAACUCUAGAUACAGUUCAGAUCCCAUCAGAUAUCUAAAAGACAAAGAGGAAGUAGACUUGGCAUUGGAUGAUGGAUUCCCUGAAUACACUGGCUACACAAACAGUGAAGAGUACAGCCCACAGAUCAUGAGUCCCAAGUUGCCCCAGUCGGUACUGCUACCUGUGGACAAAGAUGACUAUCUACAGCCUGGAGCUGCUGCUCAGUCAUUGGCCUAUCUUGACCUAGAUGGCAAAGGUUAUUAUCAAAAUGAGAAAGAUGUUUCGUCGGAUGAUCCUUUUGAUGAGGCUGACCCAAUGCUGAAUGAAACUUCUGAUCAAAAUGGUGGGAAGCACCUGUACUUCAACUACCAGCCUAAACAGGUACAAGCUGCUGAAAAUGCUGUGGCCAACCCAGUCUACUUUGACAACAGUAAGAAUGUCUGGGAGCCAAAGUGGCCCAGAAAUAAUGGCUACCAGGCAGUGCCCACUGUCUCCAUGUCUCCUGUGCACAACAAGGCAGAAUCUUCUCAAUAUUACAAACCCAUGAAUGGUGGGAUAUCUAGUUCAGUGACAUUGGACGAUGGAGAGGUGAAAACGAUGGGUGUCCGGUUAAAGUCCGGGGAGUCCAAAGUAUAAAACACACUGCCUGUAGAGCAUGAUUAAACAAAACAAAAAACUCUUUUAAGAAAUGUGACACAGAGUAGCAUCAAGCUGCUCCCUUAGGGCAAUAGGAAUAUGUUAUUAAAACUCUUCUGUAGAGCUGCAUGGACUGUACAAAUCAUGAUAUUCAUAGAACAAAAUGUCCACACUGUAUUCUUCACUGUAAAUAAAUCAUCCAUCGGACAUCCGCAGGAGCACUAUGCGAGUCACAUGACUCACUAUUAUGUGAAUUCCAGUGGCUUGAAUGGAAACCAACAAAAGAAAGGAAUAAGUCAACAUCAAGUCCAACUUUCAAAGAUCUGAUUCUCAUCCAAAAUGCUAGAACAGUUUUUGCUGUUCAAUGCACCAUACAAGUGCAAUCAAGAGAUGUAACAAAUGUAUUGUUGCUUAACCAGCACAGAACUUGAGUGGGGAAUCACUCUCUACACUUGAAAAGGGAUUCUAACACUGUGGGGACACAUUUUGUUCAUAAUAAAACUUUUUGAUAGAGACACGAUGUAGAUUGUGAUAAAGAAGAGACAUAAUUGUGUUUGUUGUUUGACUCUAUGUGUUUUGUAAGAUUGUACAAUACACAGAGGACAUGUUUUGAAGUUUCAUGAACAAACAGUUGGAUAAGGAAAUGAAAUAUUUCAUAAUUUAUUGUCACGAACUUUUUUUUUUCUCUCAACAUUCAAAGUACAUGUUUACAGAGUCCAAAAGUAAUAGGGACAAAUCAGAGUGUCAGUGCAUAAGUCCUUUAUUACUAGAUGAGAUUGGUUGUAAUAAUGCUCUUGUGUUUGAUUUAUAACAAUAUCCCCAUCUCCAGGGCUUGCUCAUGUAUCAUUCACUCACAAGGAGUUUCACUGUUGCUCCCUACAACCAAGAUAUUUCUUUGAAUCUAAAUUUUUCCUCCCGGAAGUAGCAUGUCCUUCCAAAACCACCAUUUGCUAAAAACUGCACUCCAUUUUAGACAAGGCUAAAGCAGCUAUCAUCUGUGUGAUAUACCAGUUCUACAGCAUGUCUAUCCAUUAUGUAAAUAGAGGAACAUUUUGUUUAAUUUUGUAAUUAUGUUCAUAUGCUUGCAAGCUCUAGUUAACUCUUUGGUUAUGUUCUAUAUUUGAAAAAAAGAACAAACUGCAGCAUUUUACACUUUUUUAUUUUAAUUUAGCUUUUCACAUCAUGUAUACAUCAUUAGAUAUUCAUAAUAGGGUCCUGCAAUAGUUUUUUUAUCUCAACAAAAGAUGUUGAGGAAAUAGCCAUGAGCCCUUUAAAUUAUUUUGUUGGUCAUCCUAUACAAAUCAAACAGAACUGAAUAAUUUAGAACACUGGAGCCAUAGGGGUUAGUUAUGUUGAACUUGUAUAACUUACACAGUUCAAGACAUUUUUUUUUCUGGUGUAGAAUGUUUCGCAUAUUCAAAGCCGCUUUGUGCCAACUUGAUGUUCUAUCUUAAAGAAUUAUCCUUUUAUGAAACUUGUGAUGACUUAAAGAUUGAUUUUAAAUCUAUUCUUGUUUUCCUAUUGCUUUCUGUCAAGAGUUGCUGUUAUUCUACCAUGAGGAUAUUAAUCAUUUUAUCUUUUCAAGAAUUUAAUAAUUGACUGCAAAAAAAACAAAACAUUCUCAUUUUUGAUCUAUGUUCAUCUCCCUGUAGUCCAAGUUAUUUCAAACAUCUUCUGUGUUGAAGGGUAGCAAUGUAAAUGUGUAGAACUCUUCAUUUUAAUGGCAUAUAUUGCUUUCAUUGAGUUUCAUUUGGAAAUCUGUUUUAAUUUAUAAAAUAACUUUGUAUCAUUUCAUAUCAAAGCUAAUGUUGUCAGUUAUUGCUUUUUCAGUACAAUGUCAUAGUUAACUAUACCUUGUAUUGGGCUUUUGUAGCUGUCUCAUUAGGGCACCUUGUGAAUUAGUUACAUUUUUAGUACAACCCAUCCCUGGUUCUCUAGGCUGCUGUGUACAGCUUAAAUUUUCAGCAUGAGUGCCAUGAACAACACAAAAUUUUGGAAGUUUGAGCUAGGCUAGUGUUAUAUGACCAUGUUUUCAAAAUGUAAAAUUGUAGUCUUUGUAGUUCUAUAAAAUUUUCAUUAUAUAUUAACUGUAUUGAAACUUACAAAGGAUAGGCUUAGACAUCUUUUCUUAUGUUAAAAAUUUAUAUUGUAUACCGGUACACAAACUUUAUAUUCUAACAAAUGUUUUCAAAGAAAAUAUUUACAAAAAGUUCUAUUUAUUUGUAAAUAUCUUACUAUUUACUUGGGUCUGGUAGUAAAGAAUAUAAAGUCAGACUCCAUUUGACUGAAGGAAAGCUUCAGAAAACAUUUUAAUAAAAAAAAAAUAAUUGUGAAAUGAUUAUAUUUUUAGUUUCCAGAUGUUUGCAUCACAUCUUGAAAAUAUUGAAUAAAAUAUAAAGUAUUUUUCAUUCUAAUUCCUGUCAUUUUACAUGACUUUAACAAAUUCUAAUAGCUACUAUCUUUCAAGUAUCAAAAGUUUGUCAAAAUUGAUCUAGUGAAUAAAAUAGACAUGAAUUGAAGUUUUAUAGAUGAAGUUUGCAAGGAUAUUGAUAAUCUUUGUAUAUCCAAGCUAAUAUAUUGUAUCUUUUUUGUUCACUAGGAUCACAGAAUAUUCUUUCUAUUUAAUUCUAGGUCUAAUGUUCUAUUUCAAUUCCAUUCAAAUAAUUAGAAUGUCAUUCUUCAAUAUUUUGAACUUCAGAAAAUUGUAGACUCUAUUAGGCGCUAAAAAUGUACAACUAUGGUUCUCAUUGCAGAUUUAUAUGCAAACAUUAUUUAUAUAUUUUGUAUGUUAUCAAAAAAAAUGCAAGCAUUGAAGUGCUAGAUCGCUAAUCAAUCAGUAUUUUUGUUAAGUGUGUGUUUUUAUGUGCGGAUGAUUUGUCAGUGCAGUAUGAAACUGUCGCUGCAUUAUAGUAGUGAGGGAAAGGUGUAUGUGUGUCUUGAGUAGAGAAAUUGUAAUAUGGACUGGCCUCAGAGCUGUGUAUUUGUGUUGGGUUCUGUAUAUACUUGUCGAAUGCACGUGCAUAUGAUUUUGAAUAUGGGUUAAAUCAUUGGCAUUUAUCUGACAUCGUCAUACACACUGACUUCUUUCUCUCACUUGAUGUUGAGCAUAGGGAAAUGAUUUGUUGGAGCUGAGAAGUAAUAGAUUAUUGGCUCCCUCCGACUGAGUACAGACUGAACUUGUACUUAACCAUCCAAUAGAACUAUUAUUUAUUACACACCUAUAUUUUAUAUUAUAUAUCUAUUCAUAUAUAUUCAUGCAUGAAAUCUCUGUAAUAGCUAUGUAUUGAUCUUAAUGUACAGCACCACAUCAUUAGUGUUUCUGGAUAGAGUUCAACUCACCCAUUCAUCAUUUUUUUUUUACAUCUCCCCCUUUUUUUGUGUGUGUUGUUGGCCAGCUUUAGCAAUGCAUAUAUAAACUAGAGACAAAGGUGCAUUUUUUUUUUGAAAUUGUUCCUUGUGUUUCUUGCUCUUAGUUUUUAUUAAAAAAUGCUUCAUUCUUAUUUUCUUAGAAAAGUUAGGAAUUUGUUUUUAAUUGUAGAAUGGAAUAUUGUGUUGUAAUGUUCAAUCAUUGGUAUAUAUUUUUUUAAUUGUUAUAAUUAUCUAUGAACAGUAUUAAUUUGUAUAAAUUUUUAAAAUCUCUUACACCAUGUUAAAGAUAAGCUCAAAAAGCUAGUCCAAAAUAACCUUUGAAAACUACAAAUCUAAUAGGAUUAUUUAGAUAGCUCUCUAGGAUUUGUAUUAACACUAACCUAACCAAUCAUUCAAAACUUGUAUUUUCUAAGUUUUUUAAAGGUUGACAAAAAUUGAAGAAAAUAGAUUCUAGGACAAAUUACAUUAUUUCCAGCACAAUGUGUCUUUAGUCAGGUUUUAUUUUGCUUUAUUAAAUAGUACUUAGGUAAAGGUAAUCCUUGACUUUAAGGCUGAUUAUAUCACUAUGUGUGCAAUUAUGUUUAUUAAAUGCUUAGCACAAACUCCCCAUCCAUUCCCCUUUUCCUUUAGCGCCUGUUUGUAAAUCACAAGAUGCUCUAAACUUACUCUGAAUUUUUUUAAUCAAUUAAUCCUGUAGGCCUACAAACUCCACCAUAGACUUACUAGUCUUUUAGUUUCAGUAAUGUGUUUACAUGGAAGACUCACAUACUUAAGUUAGAAAAAUGUUUCUUUUUAUUUAUUUCUAUUUUCCCUACUACUUGACUUAACCCACACCCAGACACUAGAAGGGAAAUGGAGUUGUAUUUAGGCUAAGUAACUGACUUUAGCAUCAGUAGUCUGAGUGGAACUUUCUUUUGCUUCUUUCUUUCUUUCUAAAAGAUUAGUCUUACAUGCUCCCUUGUCUACCUCCAUCCAGACAUUGAGAGAAUUUCAUUUAUUGAUGAACAACUCUGUCCUAGUUCUACACCUUGAUUUGCUCAAGAUUGCUUGUGUCAAGAGCACACACAUUGGAUUCAGUUUAAAACUGUUGGAUAACAAAGAACUAUGUGACAGUCUACAUCUCAAAAUGUGUUCUGUAUCAAAAUAGAAAGUGAAAGUAAUUAAUUUCUCGAAUGAAGGAAACUUGUUAAUUUAUAACAUAGGCAAUGGCCUUCAGGUCUAAGUCUGGGUAUUACUGAUGUACUGGAUUGGAUUUAGAUCUAUGUCAGACAUGGAGUAUGUUCCCUUCACAUUUAGCCACAAAAGUAAAAGUAGAGUCUGAAAAUGGGUUUAGCCAUUCAGCUUACUUUUCAUAUCAAAUAUAAAAUAUUUUGAAAACGGGUUUUCCGGAUUUUUUAAAACAUUUUGUUUUUUAAUAGAUAUACAAUUAAGUACUAUUUGUCUAUUUUUAGGGCCCUUCGGUUGUGCGAGGCACAUUAAACAUAUACUAUGGUACAUACAUACGCCUUACUUUCUGCUUUAUAUUAUAGAUUAAUAUUUGUUGACUUCAUUUAGUAUAUGAUGACUUCCUGGUGACAUCAUGAUGGUUCUGGACUUGAACUCUGCCAACCCCAGGAAGUUUAGGCUAGGAUGGAAUAAUCUUAAAUUCUUUCUGAUGGAACAUCAAAAGACAUUAAACCAAACAAAGUGAAGCCAUUUUAUUUGUGCCUGCAUUGUAAAUCUGUUUCAUAAGUCAUCUGACAAGCAAUAUUUAAUAGAGGCAGUAAAACAAUUCUGUCAUCACCUUAUAACUUGGGUUUCAUCACAUUAUGUGGUUAUGUUUUUUUUUUGUUUGUUCUCAUAUAGUUAAUUUUUUUAAUUUUAUAUACUAUAAUAAAAGUUACUACUGCUAGAAUGUGUCUUAUAUAAUUUGUAUAAGUUGAUUCCAUUAAUAUAAAAUUUUAGUUCAAUAAUUCAAAAAUAUUGAAACCCUUUUUUUUAAAGCAAAUGUGUACUUUCUAUUGAGUGGUGCAGUGCACAAAAGUAAUUGUGCAGUGCACUCCGGUAAUGUUAGAUUUCAUUAUUUUGUAUGAUUGUGAAGUUUGUACAAUACAUUUGUGUUCUACAUUUACAGACACAGUUGAUAAGAAAGCUACAAUGAUCAAUUUUGUUUUUUUUGUUAUAAAUAUGUAAAGUUCGGACUCAUUCUUGUGUAGUGUAGUUCCCAUAUCAAAUGAAGCUACACUUUAUCAUGUUGAACAGUAUGUAAUAAAAGUUAUAUUUGAAAAAAAAA